AUGUUCAGCGCCCCUACAUUUGGUAACCCGGCGUUCAGAUUAACUCCCUACACGGUUAGACAAUUGAAAAAUUCUAAGACAGACAUCGAUCUCGAGUCGCUUUCAUCUCUCAUCAGCUUCUCUUUCUCUCAUUCUUUAUCGCUCUCUCGCUCUCGCUCUCUCUCUCUCUCUCUCUCUCUCUCUCUCUCUCUCUCUCGUCUUUUCUCUAUGAUUCACUUUCCUUUUCCCAUACACUUUUAUCGAUCAGUCUUUUUUUUUCUUCCAAGACGCCAUUCCCCUCACCCCAACCGACUAGACGUUCGAAGACGGCCAUCCAGCCAUUCGUUUAAACAACGGCGCUGUGCUUUUCCUGACUCUUUUCCUCUUUUUUUUCUAUUUAUAGGAUUUAUAGAACGUAUUCUUCUCUUUUUCCCCUUUCUUGUCUCUCUGUUUCCUCCUUUGUAUCUCUCUAUUCCGUCUCACACUCUUUUUUUUUCUUCGCCUUUCCGCCUUUUUAUCACUCUAUUCCAUCUGACUCUCUUCUCUUUUUAUCUAUUCACCAUCCCUUUUUUCUUUUCUUUCUUUUCUUUUUCCUCUCAUUUACUUUUGUCUUCUCUUACCCGCUAUUAUUGA